AUGCUAUACUUUUAUACAAAACAUAUGAAUAAUGCUAUUGUUUUCGUGUGCUUAUAUUACGUUAUAGAUAUAUUUCUUUUGUUCUUAACCUUUUAUUUUAAAUCUUUAAAUAAAUGGGCACUACAUGGGAAAAAUUUAUUUCUAAAAAUCGAAAAAGAUGAAGAACCAUAUAAUACUAAGCUUUAUAAGUUCAAAAGUAUAUUUGAUAAUUUUAUAAUUUCCAAGACUUAUUUUUCACACUUUUAUAUCAUUGGUUUACUUAUUAAUUCAAUAAUUGUAUUUCAAGACUUUCAAUAUAAUCUAAAUAAUCAACAAAAUGUUUAUUAUCACAUUUGUCUAACCAAUCUCAUUUUUGAAAUUCAUUUAUUAAGAAGGUUUUUCGAACAAUUAUUCUUAGUUAGGACCACUACAAAAUCGUUCAUGCAUAUUUCUUCAUAUCUUUUGGGAAUAAGCUUCUACAUUAUAACACCUUUUUCCCUAUACAAUAAGGAGAAAAUAAAUUAUAACUGGUCAAUAAUUUCCCCUCUUCUCCUUUUCAUUUUUGGAAAUAUAAUUCAGUUUGACUCUCAUCUUCGAUUAGCUAGGCUACGCCCAAAAGGAAUAAAAAAAAGUGACACUUUUUAUAAAGUACCAUAUGGAGGUUUUUUUCAUUUUGUGAGUUGUCCACAUUAUUUUGCAGAAAUUUUAAUAUAUUUUUCGUUCUUCUUAUUAAACAAAAAUAUCACAUGCUUAUUGAAUUUCCUUUUAGUUUCAUUAAUCUUAAUUAAAAAUGGUAUACUAACACAUGAAUGGUAUUUAAAAGUUUUAGCUAACACAUAUCCCAAGAAUAGGAAAAUAAUCUUCCCAUAUAUUUUGUAA